CCUCACUAUAGAAAAGCAGACCACAACUGCCUCAGCCCUCAGAGGAGGCUGAGCUUCUGAGAGAAUUUUCUGAGUGGACCCAGCCGUCUGUUUGUCCAGCCAGCAUGGAACCAAAGCAGAUCAGGGAGGGCUACCUUGUGAAAAAGGGGAGUAUGUUCAACACCUGGAAACCCAUGUGGGUUGUACUGUUAGAGGACGGAAUUGAAUUCUAUAAGAAGAAAAGUGACAACAGCCCCAAAGGAAUGAUUCCCCUGAAAGGAAGCACUCUGACCAGCCCUUGUCAGGACUUCGGCAAAAGGAUGUUUGUGUUUAAGAUCACUACGACCAAACAGCAGGACCACUUCUUCCAGGCAGCCUUCCUGGAAGAGAGAGAUGGCUGGGUUCGGGACAUCAAGAAGGCCAUUAAGUGCCUUGAAGGAGGCCAGAAGUUUGCAAGGAAAUCCACCAGGAGAUCUAUUCGACUGCCAGAAACCAUUGACUUAGGUGCUAUGUAUUUGUCCAUGAAAGACCCAGAAAAAGGAAUAAAAGAACUGAACCUAGAGAAGGACAAGAAGAUUUUUAAUCACUGCUUCACAGGUAACUGUGUCAUCGACUGGCUGGUUUCCAACCAGUCUGUGCGGAAUCGCCAGGAAGGCCUCAUGAUCGCCUCCUCGCUGCUCAACGAAGGGUACCUGCAGCCUGCUGGAGACCUGUCCAAGACCGCGGUGGAUGGCACUGCCGAAAACCCUUUCCUGGACAACCCUGACGCCUUCUACUACUUUCCAGACAGCGGCUUCUUCUGUGAAGAGAAUUCCAGUGAUGACGACAUCAUUCUGAAAGAAGAAUUCAGAGGGGUCAUUAUCAAGCAGGGAUGUUUACUGAAGCAGGGGCAUAGGAGGAAAAACUGGAAAGUGAGGAAGUUCAUUCUGAGAGAAGACCCUGCAUAUCUGCACUACUACGACCCUGCUGGGGGGGAAGAUCCCCUGGGAGCAAUUCAUUUGAGAGGCUGUGUGGUGACUUCAGUGGAAAGCAACCCAGAUGGCAAGAAGAGUGAAGAAGAGAACCUCUUUGAGAUCAUCACGGCUAGUGAAGUUCAUUAUUUCUUGCAAGCGGCCACCCCCAAGGAGCGCACCGAGUGGAUCAAAGCCAUCCAGGUGGCCUCCCGGACUGGGAAGUGAGGAUGCACCUGCAGCUCCUCAUCACCCUCCUGCAGAAACCCCACGGAUAAGCUCAGUCCAGGAUCUGUUCAGUUCUGGUGACACAUCAGCAAGAGAGGGCCCAGAGAUGGGAACUUUUCAUCUGUGGGGGUUCUAAAUAUAACUAACCACAUGUCACGCGAUGUUCACCUGCACCCCACCACAUGGCUCACCGAAGUCUCUCUGCCACUCUCUGUGUCCCCAAAGCAGAUAUAGCAAGCUAUGUGGGGUGGGUAGACUGCUUAAUCUCUCCAGACCUCAGAUUCCUCUUCUGGGAAAUGAAGGGGAAGGUCCUCCUAGCUUAAAACCCCAAAAAAGCCUUGUGAUUCUCAUACCCACGGUCAUCCAGCCGGUGUCCCUUCUUGGCUCAAUCUUGGCCUUCAGAACCAGAGACAACUCCUUCCUUUAAAAUUGUUCCAGAAAAGAGGCAUAAAUUCCUUUUUUUCUUUUCCACCUCAUCCCCUUGCUCUUGGCCACAAGAUUAUGUAUUAAAACAAAAGAGACCUCUUGUCUUCCUUCCUCCCUCUACCCAGAAACUUCCCCUGAGAGCCAGCAGUGCAGUGGUGACUUUUAGGUUGGAGCCUUCUUUUCUUAUUACAUACAGCCUGGAAAGGUAUUAUGUCCUUAUUAUGUCUUCUGAGAAAAGGACCUGAGGAAGCCAGGAGUAGCUGAGCUCUUUUCCACACCUUCAAGCCACUCAGAGCAGGCGUGUUCUACUCCCACUUCAGGCUGCUCUGAGAAGGGUCUAUCUUUGUCCCUUUCGGGAGCAUUUCUCUAUCAUUUAUUAUAAUUAGGAUAGGGAACUCCGAAUCUUCGAGAUUGUUUCAUUUGAGUGUUUGCAGACAAAAAAGUGACCAUAUGGAUUCCAUUAAUGGGUUCAUUCCAUGGGUAAGGGGCCCGGGCAGCUGCCUGGUUAGUGUGCCCCCAUCCCCAGCUCCAGAGGGUGCAGGGGCUGGACCACCAGCAGGCAGUGUGGAUGAUGGGUUUAUACAAAGACAGCACCAAAAGGAUCUAAGUCUAGACAGAGCUAGUGGAGGUGGCUGUCAACAUUGACCAGCGCUUUCAGUUCUCAGCUAAGGACACUGUGGUUGCACCUGAGCUUUAUUAAGCGUAAGCUGUGGCAGUUCCUGCUUGGCCUGGCCAUGAGGGGCCCCAUGAACCCAUUUUCAACCAAAGUAAUCUGACCUAGAUUCAAACUGAGUACCUGUUUCCAAUUUUUGUUCAUGUCUACGAACUAGUGAAACUAAGCCAAAACAGAGAGAUAAACCAGGGAUGUGUGUGAAGGUGUAUUUCCCAAUUUCAGAUUUUUAAUUUUACGGCCCCAGUGAGGAAAGGAGAGUAGAAAAUUCUUCCUGAUUUUAUCAGCUCUCUUUCCUCCCCCAAUUUCACAUGAUAUCCAUGAGGUUCUUCCUACUCCCAGAUUGUUUUAUCAGUGGCCUACCAGGAAAAGACUGCCUUUUUGUGAUUCUGUAGUAAACUGUUUUCUUAGAGCAUUCACAGUAGUUUUUCUAUUCAGUGUUAAACAUAUUUAUUAAUAUGGAGUCCACUUUAUGUUUUAAAUAAACAUGACUGUGUUCAGUGUC